UGAGCAGUCUCUUAGACCAGCUCUCAGACGUGUGUUAGAAAGGGCUUGCUAUGGUCACCAAAGACAACGCUAACUCUGGCUCUGGCGGCAAGACAACCUGUGUGAAGAAGCAAAAGUGUAUGAUGAACAAUUCCCAAAAGGCUGGGACGCUAUACAGGGACCCGCAGAAGACCAUAUUUGAACCCGAACUGACCUUAGAGGUCACGGCUGACUAUGCUGGAAGGAAAACAAAUCCGGUCGCAGCGAACGGUGUUAUAGAAACGGCUGUGAACGAACAGACAUGUAACGUAUGGAGCGUUUCCAAUCUCCAGAAUCUGAAAGAGAUGCAAUAUCUGCACCACGAGACCGAGGACAGUCUAAUUGACCCAUCACUGGACAUAGACAAGUCGUCCCUCAUGGGUUUCAUUGACUCUAGUAACCUGGAGAGCUCAGAGGAUGUUCAGACGGUUCCGUGCAUCCAGGUGGACGUUAAAACGGAUGUGGUGCUGAUCGAUGAGGAUGAUGAUGAUAUGUCUCUAAGGGAGAGGACCGUGACGGACGUGUCCACUGCAGACGGGAACGCGGCCGAGCUUGUGUGUGGGCGGCUCCAGUCAAUCUCCUCUGACUCCUCCCACUCUUUAUGUGAUGGGUGGAGUCUAGAGCAGGGCUCGACCAUUGAGACGCCUCAAGAGAAACAGGAGCCGCCCAAAAAACACAAACGCCCUUGCUGCCUCUGUGUUAUCAUUUGA